CCCUCGAGGGAGAAGCAACGCACUGCUUGGUGGUGGAGAAAUUUGGGAAGGAACCUAAGGAAUCGCUGUCCGACAUGGACCUCCCAUCCUCCACUAGUGAUGUGCCGAUGGUAGCGAACGGGUCAAUCCUUAUGGUGAAGACAAAGGCGGCUUACAAGCAGUAUCCACCAAGCAUCCUGUAUGGAAUGGGAUUGAGGACAAGAAAACACAGGAAACGUGUCCAAAAGAAGAUCAUCACAGAGAAGGAUGAUGAAGAGGCGGCUGCCCCCGAAACAAAGAAAGUCAAAGAGUCACCGGUGACUGAAAUGCCUCAACCUCUGGAGGAGCAACUUGAAAAGCAAGCUGAGGAGCAGGCGACAGGAGAAGCAAGUGAAGCUGCAGCUGCUGAUGAUGGGGAAAGUCAAUAAGUUAACUAUCUUGAAGAUGGGGAAUUUCCUAACCUAUGACAAAUAAAAGGAAAAUUGCAUUGUUAAUAAACAUAAAUUCAACAUAA